AUGAGUAGUGGGAGAAGUUGGAGGUCACAGAGUGUGAGGGAGAUAUUGCAAGGUCCACCAGAUGUGUUUAGUAGUAACAGGAGGGAAAUGGUGGUCGAUGAAGAGGAGGAGCUCAAGUGGGCUGCCAUUGAGAGGCUGCCUACUUAUGAUAGGAUGAGAAAAGGGAUGUUUAAGCAGGUUGUUAGUAAUGGAAAAAUGAUCUCAAAUGAGAUCGAUGUUACUAAAAUUGGUGCUGAGGAUAAGAAGCUGUUGAUGGAGAGUAUUCUUAAGGUUGUUGAAAAUGAUAAUGAGAAGUUGCUUAGGAGACUCCGAGAUCGAACUGACAGGGUCGGAAUUGAGAUUCCAAAGAUUGAAGUGAGGUUCCAAAAUUUAUCUAUUGAGGGAGAUGCAUAUGUUGGCACACGAGCACUUCCAACUCUGUGGAACUCCACCCUGAACACACUGGAGGCUGCGUUAGGGUUGGUUGGACUUUCUCCAUCAAAGAAAAGGAUAGUUAAAAUACUUCAAGACGUGAAUGGGAUUAUCAGACCAUCAAGGAUGACACUGCUUCUUGGGCCUCCAGGUUCAGGAAAAACAACCUUGCUAAAAGCACUGGCAGGCAAAGCUGAUGAUGAUCUCAGAGUUUCAGGAAAAAUCACCUACUGUGGCCACGAAUUUCAUGAAUUUGUUCCUCAGAGGACGAGUGCUUAUAUUAGCCAGCACGAUCUUCAUUACGGUGAAAUGACAGUUCGGGAGACACUGGAUUUUGCUGGUAGGUGCUUGGGAGUAGGAACCCGAUAUGAUAUGCUAGUGGAGUUGUCAAGAAGAGAGAGAGAAGCAGGUAUUAAACCAGAUCCUGAGAUUGAUGCAUUCAUGAAAGCCACAGCCAUGAUGGGAUUAGAAACCAGCUUGAUCACUGAUUAUGUGCUGAAGAUUCUUGGAUUGGAUAUUUGUGCUGAUAUUAUGGUGGGAGAUGACAUGAGAAGAGGCAUUUCUGGAGGGCAAAAGAAACGUGUCACUACAGGUGAAAUGUUGGUAGGACCAGCAAAAGCAUUUUUCAUGGAUGAAAUAUCAACAGGACUGGACAGUUCCACCACUUUCCAAAUAGUCAAGUUCAUGAGUCAAAUGGUUAACAUUAAUGAUGUAACUAUGGUUAUCUCUCUCUUACAGCAAGCACCAGAGACAUUUGAGCUUUUUGAUGAUGUUAUCCUGCUUUCCGAUGGUUGGAUUGUCUACCAAGGACCGCGUGAGAACAUUCUUGAGUUCUUUGAAUACAUGGGAUUUAGAUGCCCCGAAAGGAAAGGGAUUGCAGACUUUCUUCAAGAGAUUACCUCAAAGAAGGACCAACAGCAGUAUUGGUUCAAAAAUAACCAGCCUUAUUCAUAUAUCUCUCCAAAGGAUUUUGCGAAUGCCUUCAGUUCUUUUCACAUAGGACAGCAGCUCACAAUAGACCUUAGAGUUGCUUAUGAUAAGACCAGAACCCACCCUGCUGCAUUGGUGACACAGCAGUAUGGAAUUUCAAAUUGGGAGCUCUUCAGGGCAUGCUUCACACGUGAAUGGCUGCUCAUGAAGCGGAAUUCUUUUGUUUACAUAUUUAAAACGACACAGAUAACCGUCAUGGCAGUAAUUACCCUGACAGUGUUUUUAAGAACUGAAAUGAAAACUGGUCAAAUUGAUAAUGCUGCUAAGUUUUGGGGAGCAUUAUACUUCAGUCUUAUCAAUGUGAUGUUCAAUGGAAUGGCAGAGCUACCAAUGACAGUUGCUAGGCUUCCUGUGUUUUUUAAGCAGAGGGAAAGUCUAUUCUACCCAGCAUGGGCCUUUGCAGUACCAAUUUGGGUCCUCCGUAUUCCCAUUUCAGUGAUGGAGUCCUUAAUAUGGAUUCUUUUGACAUAUUACUCCGUUGGAUUUGCUCCUUCUGCUAUUAGGUUCUUCAAACAGCUCUUGGCAUUUAUCAGCAUACAUCAUAUGGCUCUCUCUUUGUUUCGCUUUAUUGCAGCAGCUGGGAGAGUAGAAGUUGUGGCAAACACCCUUGGAACCUUCACCCUGUUAGUGGUAUUUGUGCUAGGAGGAUACAUUAUUGCGAAAGAUGACAUCAAGGAUUGGAUGAUAUGGGGUUACUAUGUUUCUCCAAUGAUGUAUGGACAAAAUGCCAUUGCCAUCAAUGAAUUUCUUGCUGAAAGAUGGAGCAAGCCCAGCAAUGGCUCAGAACCUACAGUUGGAAAGACCCUUCUUAAGGACAGAGGUCUAUUUUUCACGGAAACCUGGUACUGGAUUGGUGUAGGAGCUCUUUUUGCAUUUUCUCUGCUGUUCAAUGUUCUUUUUAUUGGAGCAUUGACAUUUUUAAAGCCUCUAGGAGAUAAUAAAGCUGUUAUUCUUGAGGAUGAUGAGCAAAACAAGGAUAGACGGCAAGAAAAUGGAAACUCAAUCGUUAGUGAAACAAGCAACCAAACAGCUAGAGGAAUGGUUUUGCCUUUCCAGCCGCUUUCCCUUGCAUUCAAUCAUGUGAAUUACUAUGUGGACAUGCCUGCAGAAAUGAAGACCCAGGGGGUUGAUGAAGAACGAUUGCAGCUACUGAGAGAUAUUAGUGGUGCUUUCAGGCCUAGCAUUCUGACUGCAUUGGUUGGUGUCAGUGGUGCUGGAAAGACCACAUUAAUGGAUGUCUUAGCAGGUAGAAAGACUGGAGGGUAUAUUGAAGGAAGCAUAAGCAUUUCAGGCUACCCAAAAAACCAAGAAACUUUUGCCCGAGUUAGCGGUUAUUGUGAACAGAAUGAUAUCCAUUCGCCUUAUGUAACUGUUUUUGAAUCGCUUCUUUACUCAGCCUGGUUACGGCUUGCUUCUGAUGUGAAUACAGAAACCCGAAAGAUGUUUGUAGAAGAAGUCAUGGACUUGGUUGAGCUCAAUCCUUUGAGGAAUGCUCUUGUUGGACUUCCAGGAGUUGACGGUCUUUCAACUGAGCAGAGAAAGAGACUUACUAUUGCUGUUGAAUUAGUUGCUAAUCCUUCCAUCAUCUUUAUGGAUGAGCCCACUUCAGGACUUGAUGCCAGAGCUGCUGCAGUUGUAAUGCGUACAGUUAGAAACACUGUGAAUACAGGUCGAACUGUGGUGUGCACAAUUCACCAGCCAAGCAUAGAUAUUUUUGAAGCUUUUGAUGAGCUGCUGUUGAUGAAGAGAGGAGGACAAGUGAUAUAUGCAGGACCGCUUGGUCCCCAUUCUCACGAACUUAUCAAAUAUUUCGAGGCUAUACCAGGCGUUCCCAAGAUAAAAGAGGGCUAUAAUCCGGCUACCUGGAUGUUGGAUGUCAGCACCUCUGCAAUGGAGGCCCAACUUGAGGUUGAUUUUGCAGUAAUAUAUGCCAACUCUGAACUUUACAGGAGAAAUCAGGAGCUAAUAAAGGAACUAAGCACCCCUGUACCAGGUUCCAAGGACCUACAUUUUCCUACUCGGUACUCUCAGUCCUUUUUAGUUCAAUGCAAGGCUUGUUUUUGGAAACACAACUGGUCAUACUGGAGGAAUUCACAGUAUAAUGCCAUCAGAUUCUUCAUGACAGUUGUCUUCGGACUUAUAUUUGGUGUUAUCUUUUGGGACAAAGGAAAUGUAAUAUUUAAGCAGCAAGACUUAAUUAAUUUACUGGGAGCUAUUUAUGCUGCUGUUCUUUUCCUCGGAGCUACCAAUGCUUCUGCAGUGCAAUCUGUUGUAGCAAUUGAAAGAACAGUUUUUUACCGUGAAAGAGCAGCAGGAAUGUAUUCAGAGUUGCCUUACGCGUUUGCUCAGGUUGCAAUAGAAACUAUUUAUGUUGCAAUUCAGACUCUAAUAUAUACACUUCUUUUAUACUCCAUGAUUGGAUUCCAGUGGACUUCAGGAAAGUUCUUCUAUUUCUACUAUUUCAUCUUCAUGUGUUACACCUACUUCUCAAUGUAUGGGAUGAUGGUUAUCGCGCUAACUCCUGGCCAACAAAUUGCUGCAAUUGUCAUGUCAUUCUUCUUGAAUUUCUGGAAUCUGUUCUCUGGUUUCCUCAUCCCACGUCCCCUUAUCCCAGUUUGGUGGAGGUGGUACUACUGGUGCUCUCCAGUUGCAUGGUCAAUUGAUGGUAUUUUUGCAUCACAACUUGGUGACAGGACCAAAGACAUUGAACUCUCUGAUAAAAGCACAAUGCCAAUCAACAAAUUCCUCAAGGAUAACUUGGGCUAUGACCAUGAUUUCCUCAUUCCAGUGGUUUUUGCCCACCUUGGUUGGGUCCUCCUAUUCUUCUUGGUCUUUGCCUAUGGCAUCAAGUUUCUCAAUUUCCAAAGGAGAUGA